AUGGGCCUGCCCGAGGAAAAGGACUUGGGAGGCGUGCCGGCGAGACCUGCGACCACCACCAGCGCAGCCAACGACUCUGAUGAUUCCUCGACCAUGACGGAAAGCCACAAGGCCACUGAGGCUUUAGAGAACAAUGCCAAGGCUGCAGAGGCCCAAGGCGAGGCAGGGAACCCGGCGCUACAGGACAUCGACGUCGAAGCUCAACGGGAAGACAUAACAUUGGAAAAGGUCGGCAGUCGCAAGUCAAAUGUCAGCCAUAAGACAGGGCAUAGCAAGCUCAGUCGCCUGUCCAAGAGCAAGACCAAGGAAAAGCUCCCUCCCCCAGCCAUCCCGGUGAUGGAUUUGGACAAGGGCAUCGUCGGCUGGGAGAGCCAGCACGAUCCCGAGAUGCCUCUCAACUUUGCGCCCAGCCGAAAGUGGCUCAUCACCGGCCUGCUCAGCGCCGUUACGUUCAUGACGCCCUUUGCGUCCUCGAUUCUGGCCCCGGCUCUCUCAGCGCUCGAGAAGGACUUUAAUGAGACCAGCAUCACCAAAGGCGCCAUGCCCGUGAGCAUCUUUCUUCUCGGGUACGCCGUCGGUCCGCUCUUUCUGUCCCCGCUGUCAGAGAUCUACGGCCGGAAUAUCAUCCUCGUCACGUCCAGUGCUUGGUUCUGCGCUUGGCUGAUUGGGUGUGCGCUCGCGCCCUCCUUGGAUACCCUCAUCUUCUUUCGUUUCCUGACGGGCGUGGGCGGCUCGGCGUGCCAGACCAUCGGCGGCGCCAUCAUUGCGGACAUGUUCCCCGUCAGUGACCGCGGCCGGGCCAUGACGAUAUGGAUGCUGGGACCGAUGUUUGGCCCCUCGUGCGCGCCCGUCAUCGGCGGUUUCGUUUCCGAGACGAUCGGCUGGCGCUGGGUCAACUGGCUUGCCUUCAUCCCGGCAACCAUCGCCGUCGCCCUCAUGACGUUUCUCAGUCGCGAGACGAAUCACCAGGUGCUAAUCGCCCACAAGACCAAGCGCCUCCAGAAGGAGCUGAAUCGGCCCGAGCUUCGAAGCUGCUACGUCGACCCCGAUGCCCCUGCCCUGAGCAAGGGGCAGAUUCUCCUCAACGGGCUGAUUCGACCCAUGAAGAUGCUGUUCCGCUCAGCCAUCAUCUUUAGCGUGUCGUUGUACAUUGCGUUUGCGUACGGUUGCCUGUACCUUCUGUUCAAUACCAUCCCAAUUGUCUUCCAGGGCAGUUACCAUUGGUCCAUCGGCAUCACGGGCCUCGUCUACCUGACCCUUCUGAUCGGCUAUGGCGUGGGCCUCGCAGCAUUCUCGAUCCUCUCCGAUAAGACGGUCGUUCGCAUGACGGCCGCCAACGGGGGCGUGUACGAGCCCGAGUUUCGCCUGCCGGACUGCAUCUGGUUCGCACUCGUCCUGCCCAUCACCUUCUUCUGGUACGGCUGGAGCGCCGACAAGGCCGUCCACUGGAUCGUGCCCGUCAUCGGCAUCGUGCCCUUUGGCAUCGGCAUCGUGGGCGUCUGGCUGCCCAUCCAGGCAUACAUCGUGGACGCGUACCCCCAGUACGCCGCCAGCGGCCUGGCCGCCUUCUCUGUCCUGCGGUGCACCGUCGCCGCGUUCCUACCGCUCGCGGGGCCGCAGAUGUACAAGAGUCUGGGCGUGGGGUGGGGCAGUUCGCUGCUCGGCUUCAUUGCCGUGGCGCUGAUUCCGAUCCCGACCCUGAUCUACAAGUACGGAAAGUGGAUGAGGACCCGGUUCCCGUUGACGUUGUAG